AUGGUGACAGCUACGCUCGCGCACCUGCCUCCUACCUCCUGUCCAGAGGUGCACCUGCUCCAGCUCAGUGUGUGGCACCAGCACUUCCUUCUUUACACCUGUCCGCACUGCCAUAAUGAAAGGGGGGCAGCCAAUCUGGGAAAUCGGGCAAAAGCGGAUGAGCAAAAACACGAAAUUGAUGGAAAUUUCCUGCCAAAAAAGCUGGGUGGAGUAAUGGCAAAACCCAGGCACGCUCAGAAUCGCUGUGGUGUCGAGAGCAGAGUGCCCAGCGUCGCCGUCUGCUGCCGACAAAACAUCCCAGCUCAUGGCUGUCAUGGCUGCCUGGAGCUGUCUAUCAUCACACAGAAGAUGCAGGAGACAACUGCAGAAAUAGAGUCCAAGGUGCACGUCUUCACCUCAGGGUGCCCCAGGCCUGGUAGGUACGGCUCUCCCAGCCCCCUGUGCGCACCCCUGAUGGGCUGA